UCUGUUGCGAGCUAAGGUUUGGGGAGUCGGUAGGGGGACCGCGAGUGGAGCGCGGGAGCCCGGGCGGCAGGCGGGUGUGAGCUGCCCGAAAAUGCACUCGGAUGCUGCAGCUGUCAGUCCAGGAAUCUGAUCCCCUCUUUGGCCUCUGAGGGCAUCGGUCACACACGUGCACAGACAUCCAUGCAGACUUUCAGCUGAACUCCCAUCUCUCAACACUGGCAAACAUUCAUAAGAUCUACCAUACCCUUAACAAGCUAAACCUGACAGAAGACGUUGGCCAAGACGAUCACCAAACAGGGAGCCUGCGGUCUUGCAGUUCUUCGGACUGCUUUAGCAAAGUGAUGCCACCCAGGAAAAAGAGAAGACCUGCCUCUGGAGACGACUUAUCUGCCAAAAAAAGCAGGCAUGACAGCAUGUAUAGGAAAUACGAGUCAACUAGAAUAAAGACUGAAGAAGAGGCCUUCUCCAGUAAGCGAUGCCUGGAGUGGUUUUAUGAAUAUGCAGGGACUGAGGAUGCGGUGGGUCCCGAAGGCAUGGAGAAAUUCUGUGAAGACAUUGGUGUUGAACCAGAAAAUGUAGUUAUGCUUGUCCUAGCUUGGAAAUUGGAUGCACAAAACAUGGGCUAUUUUACUCUACAGGAAUGGCUGAAAGGAAUGACUUCCCUACAAUGUGAUACAACAGAAAAACUCAGAACUACUUUGGAUUACUUAAGAUCAUUAUUAAACGAUACAACAAACUUUAAGCUCAUUUACAGAUACGCGUUUGACUUUGCACGGGAAAAGGACCAGCGCAGCCUAGACAUAAACACUGCCAAGUGCAUGCUGGGACUGUUAUUAGGAAAAAUCUGGCCCCUUUUUCCAGUUUUUCACCAGUUCUUAGAGCAAUCAAAAUAUAAAGUGAUAAACAAAGACCAGUGGUGCAAUGUGCUGGAGUUCAGCAGAACAAUUAGUCUCGACCUCAGCAACUACGACGAAGAUGGAGCAUGGCCAGUUUUGUUGGACGAAUUUGUGGAAUGGUAUAAAGACAAGCAGAUGUCCUAGGACCUUAUGCAUAGCAGCGAGAGUCACUGUUACCACGGCCAUGUCACCCAUUAGCCAUAAACUGCUGUUUGUAUCGAAGCGCAUGCUGCUUUUCUUGCACUGUCUGCCUGUCGCGGGUGUGUUGGUGUUUGCAAUCGAAUGGCCGCUCUGCUUGAUGUGUAGCAUUGUUCUCUUGGAGGCUGCUCUGCAGUUGUUUUCACACUACAGAUUGGUGAAUUUGCCAACGUCCUCACUGUGAUUAUGUGUAUAUUGCUGUUUAAAUUUUGUAUAUGUGUAUAAAAUGAAAAGCUUCACCUAGAGAUUAUUUCUGCAAUAUGUAUUGUAAAAAUAAUUUUGUGGCAUUUUUAGUCCCCACCCUUUUUUUUCUCAAAUGAACCAGUUAUACUUUAUUUGGUCUCAAAUGUAGCAUUUCAGAAAACAUAACUGUCCCCAUAAGCAAGUAUUGCCAGAAUUAACCUCACUGCUUAAGAGGCCAACUUAUGGAAGAAGUAGGAGCCAUGACUUACUGUGGCGUAAUCUAAAUAUGACUUGGUUUCCUUGACAACUUUGGUUUUUUAAAGUGACAAAAGUUAUUUAUUUGAGUGCACAGACAUGUGACAUGCUACAAAGCAUUUCUGACACAAAAAGUACAGGUUUGUGGGGUUUUCCUUCCUCUUCCUCCUCCUCCUUAAAUUGCUCCUUAUUUUAAAUUGAAGCUUAAGUUUCCAUAAACCUGACUUAAGUUUCCAUAAACCUUUCUCCGCUGUUUCCCACUUUGUGUUCCUCUGGCAGUGUUUAGUCCGCUGAAGCUCUCUGUGCCACUGCAAGUAAAAUGUCCUUUGCCACCUUCCUGAGCCUCCUGGUUUGCUGACAGCAAAACUGCAAAGCACUUUGAACCGUGGCUUAAAGUUUUAGUUACUCUUUACUUGAGAUUUUAGUUACUCUUUUAUGGUGUCUGUAACCCCCCAGGGUUUUGGAGUUGUUUGUUUGUAUUUGUUUUUUUGUUUUCAACCACAAGUGAGAGGUGUUUGUUGUCUGUCUGUUUCUUCCGUGCUGGGCUUUUCCUGGCAACACGUCCAUUGCAGGCAGUGGACUCAAACCACCAGCAUUGCUAACCAACCCUGUUCUCAUUGGGACCUUUCUCAGAGGGGCCACUUGUCUUUCCCUGAGUCACAUGUCCAGAAGGGUGAGAGCCGUUGUAUGGAUGAGAAAACCAGAGCCAACACAGUGGUAGUUUUGAGUUUGUAUCUUCUGUCUUAUUUUUAAGAUUUGUAUUUGCUUGCCUUGCCCCUUGUGCAGAAGUAUACAGUUAACAGGUUUUCCCAACUAUUUGGUGCUAUGACUCACUCAGUCCCUGAAGUUUGUGAAAACACAUCUAAGAUUUAACCUAGUAAUGAGCUAAUGGCUUGCUUGCUGGGUAAACGGUGUAGUGGGAUGAUAUCCGGGCCUGCCUGGGCAGGUGAUGACUGGAAGAUGUUGGGAUUAUCGGCCAAAAAAGAAAAAAAAAGUCUUCUACAUUAAAUGUGAACCUUUAAAUGACAUUAAAUGAGCAGAGCACACAGACAAUGCUACCCCCGACCACUGUCUUACAGUUCCUUUUCAGAGUGUUGCUAUUUUCAUAUUAUUUCUUUCCCUGAUUGAACCACCAAAGACAGCAAUGUUGUAUGUAUAUAUCGUGUGCGUGCACAUACAAAAUCAUGGUGUGGUGGAAUGCAAAUACUUGCCUUUUUCUACCAAACAUUGAGGUUUGGUUUGCUGUGAAAUAAAUCAGAAGUUUAAAAAACCAACAACCCAAUAUUGCUUUAGCAUAAUCAUCCUUUGUGGUCUCACUUAUGAUUUAGUAUCUGAACACAACGUAAACUUCUUGGAAAACUGUAGCUGUUGAGACUGCCCUGUGAAAGACAUUCCAGUGCAUGCAGGUGUGUGACAGUGGGGCCUGCUAAUGACAGGUGCAGCUCUGUGGAGAAGGAUUUCCUUUCAGAUGUUCCCAAGGUUAAAGAAUCGUUCUCUCAGGGUGACUGUUGUUGAGGUAUAUCAACUGUCGAUUGCCUUUGUUGAUGCAAAGAUGGAUCAUAGAUGGGAUUGUUUUAAAUGCUGUGUGGGAAUCUAGAGAAUGUUUUUAAACACUAAGCACAGGGAAUCUGUGAAUAAAGUGUUGUUACCAGGGUGAGGAAUUCCAUUUUAUCUACAGUGAACAUUUUGAUAAUAGAGACUUGAGUUACAACCACCGUGAUGUAUAGGAUGGAAGUCAGCAUUCCGGAGGGGAUGACCAAUAUUUAGAACUCCGGAUAAUCUCUGAACUGCCUUGAGAAACAAACCACUGUGACUGUGGCUUGCCUUUGGAUCUCUCGGUUUUACAGAGCUGUUUUUAGGGGAGUCUGACCAAAAAAUAAGACCCCUUUUCUUGAAGAAUCGCCAAGAAUGCAAGUUGAACGAUCGCCACGAGCACUUCUGGCCAGCGUUGGAAGAAGCCAGGGCGCCUUCAGUUCUCCAGAACCUGAGCCCCAGCCACCCUUUCUCCAUCACUCGUGUUUCAGGGCGAGGCAAUGCCCUCUUGUUGGGGAAUGCAACUUGCAGACGUUUACAGUGCACUAGGUAGAAGUUAUCUAACAAGAUUUGCCGGAUAGCCAUGGUAGCCUUAGGCGCGCCUCUAUUGAAGCAUGAACUCUUGAGUUCAGUAUUGAUAACUGGUUAGACAAACCUCUAGAUUCUGCUUUAACAGAUUUCUGUUGCCUCUGUCUCCAUCCUAACCAUACUUUUGAAGUUGAUACAGAAAGCUUUAAGAGUUUAGUUUGUGCCCUUGGUUUUUAUUUUUACAACUGCUAAAAUACCUCUGUAAGCCUUAUCCUUUAUUCUUUCAUAGUUGUAUAAAUUGUAUAGAAUUCAUUGACCAACUGAAAUGUUGGGUAUCUGUAAAUGAGACCAAAAUGUGGGUUGCUUUUUUUCAUAAAAUAAUUUCUAUUGGGCAUUGCUGUGAAAUGAACAGCAGCCAGCCUAUAACUGUGAAUGCCUUGUGUCGUCAGUAUUUGCAUUACAUUCAUAAAAGUGUGCAAGUCCUGUGACUCCCAGCUUAACUAACUGUUAUGCCACUUAACGAGCACAGCAAACUGGUUAGGUUUUAAUGGAAUUGAUGUAAAUGAUAGCCCAUAAAUAAACAGAUAUUUGUGUUUGGUUUCAGAA